AUGGUUUCAAGAGACGCACUACUUUUGAGGCUCGCGAUCGCGGUCGCGAGCGCGAGCGCCUGCCAGCCUUCUCAGCUCGCGGAGAACAUCCCGGCUGCCGCGGCGGUUCGGUACCUCAGUGGAUGGGACUGCGACGACUGGACCGCCACCUCCUCGGGCAACGCGGCCGCGGGCCUGAAGAGGCUCUCCAUCAAGGCGCAGGUGCCUGGUGACCUGCUUACGGACCUCCAGGCUGCAGGACACAUCGGCGAUCCCUUGUACGAGAACAACUGGCUGAAGAGUGACAUCUGGGCCAAGCAGACUUGGACCUUCUCGAGGAACUUCUCCCUAGACGUGGCCGACGCAGAGACGGGCCGCGUCCAGGUUGUCUUCGAUGGCAUCAAGAUGGGUGCACGUGUGAAGAUCAACGGCGUGACCGCUGGAACGGCCACCAGCCAGUUCAUUCGAUAUAGCUUUGACCUGGAUCCCAAAGAGCACAAGCUGCGGAGUACAAACAAUUCUCUGGAAGUGGAGUUUGACCAGUCCAUCGAAGUGGGUGGCAGAUUCAUGGCCUGCUCCGGAGGAUGGGAUUGGGCGCCCUACACCAACACCCGGCAGGAGGGCGCCAAUACCUUCACCUACGGGAUCUGGAAGCACGUGUACUUGGUGUUCACCCCUUCACACUCCGCCUCCAUCUUUCACGUGGUGCCAAGGAUCUUCUACAAGGGCAAGUAUCCGAUGGAAGCGCUGGUGGAUGGCGAGCACGCGGGCUUCAGCGUGAAGGUGAACGUGUUCCUCUCCGCCGCGGCCGCCACCGAGGGCUUUCUGAGGCUCACGCCCUCCUGGGGCGAGCCGGGGGAACAGGUCCAUGUCCAGGUGCCGGCGGGGAACUCCAGCCACACGCUGCUGGCGGAGGCCAGCGCGGCCCAGGUGAAGCUCUGGUGGCCCGUGGGCAUGGGGCAGCAGCACCUCUACGACCUGAAGGUGACUUUUGAGCCCGGCGCCUCUUUUGGCGCCAGCACCGCCGCUGCCAGCGCUCCCAGCGCCUCGCGGGCCGUGGGGUUCCGCUACUUCGCGCUGGUCACGGGCAACGACACGGACCCCGCGUACGUGGCCCGGGCCGGCCUGGAGGAGGGCACCGACAGCCAGGGCAUGUACUUCCGGAUCAACGGCGUCGCCUUCUGGUCCAAAGGCGCCAACGUCAUCCCCAUGGAGGAGCUGGAGGGCCGGAUGAACGGGGAGGCCCACCGCGUGCUGGUACGCUCCGCCGCGGACGGAGGCAUGAACACGCUCCGCGUCUGGGGCGGCGGCAUCUUUCUGCCCGACGAGUUCUACGAGGCCUGCGAUGAGCUGGGCCUGGUGGUCUUCCACGACAUGAUGUACGCGCAGUCCGGGCACGCGCCGGAGAAGAAUUACGUGCAGGACACAGAGCUCCGACACCAGAUCCGCCGACUUUCCUCGCAUCCCUCCAUCGUGAUCUGGGACGGCUGCAACGAGUGCACCGUGCGCAUGGGGACCCCCACGGAGAUCUACGCCACCUUCGUGAUGACCGUGGUUGCCGAGGAGGACGACAGCCGCUCCAUUUGGCCCUCCUGCCCCGCCUUCGGCUGGACCACAGGCGUUCACAAGCUGGACUGCCUGCCCAACGGCAAGCCCCUGACCACGCCUGGGACGUCCCACGUGAUCGAGACGCACGGCUAUUACCAGCAUGGUACAGGCUUUCCCUCGGUGAACGGCUGGGCGAAGAUGUGGGGCUUCAACGCCAACUUGCCAAUCAAGGUGUCUGCGGAGGCCACGGGCCUGGAGCGGCGCAACGUCUUCGGCUCGGAGUUCGGGGCCGUGGUGAUGAGCUCCUUCGAGUCCAUGGCCCCCACGCUGCACGAAGCCCACUGGGGCCUGCACGCGGGCCAGGUGUCCGACACCUGCAACGAGACGGGCUUUGCCAACACCUGCAAAGGCCCCAACGUCAUGGCUCAGCGGAACUAUCCCUGCGACAGCCUCAUCAACGCUUACUUCGGUCUCCACCCGGACAGCUACUUCAACCAGACCGGGGAGGCCAUCUUCAAGCGCCAGCUCUUCCAGUGCAUGCUGGCCCAGGCCUUGAUCCUGAAGUCGGACAUCGAGACGAGGCGCUCGCAGAAUCAGUUCGGCGCCCUGGUGUGGCAGCUCAACGAGAUUUGGCCCACCGGCGGCUGGGGCGUACGGGACCCCGGUGAAGGGGCAAGUGCUGGGCGGCCGCUGGAAGCCCUUGCACUACCUCUACAGGAGCGCUCGAUCUUUGCGGACGUGAUGGUCGCGUGUGGCGCGGAUGGCCAGUGCUAUGUGAAGAAUGAUGGGCCCACGGCCUUUGAGGGCGUGUGCAUCGUGUCUUUCCUGCGCUUCGCGGACGGGCGGAAGGAGCUGCUGAAGGCGCUGGACUUCAGCUCCGCGCCGCUGAGAGCGGGGCCAGGCACCAAGGAGCUUUUCCAGGUGGAGGUUUCCGGAAUGGACAGCUCUUCCUACAUGCUCCUGGGUGAGUGCACCACCUCGGCACCCUCCAGGCUAGUGGCCGCCUAUGGCAGCAGCGACGGCUGCGUCUCCUUCAACGAGAUCCUCAUGGCCGCGCCAGCGCAGCUGCACCUGCCUCCGGCCAAGGUGAACGCCACAGUGGCGGCCGCCGCCAAUGCUGAUGGCAGCAUCGAUAUCAGCCUCACUGCGGACGCCCGGCCUUCAGGUACGUGA